GCGGAGGAACAUGACAUGGGGAUGAGCGAGCGCGAGAGAGAAAGACACAGAGAGGCGGGAGGGAGACGGCCAGCCAGGAAUUAACGGUUCGUCAAGAGGUCUGGACUGAAAACGCUACGAUGGGGAGCAAUGACUGACGGCAGAACGCCACGGUUUUCUGCAGUCCCAGAGUCUUCCUCUCCACCUCGACCUGUGAAGCCAUGGACUAGAGUUGUGUCUGGUCCAAACAGUCCCGCGGUCAUCUGAUCGCGAUGCAUCCUCAACAAAAAUACAGAAAAUGAAAGCGUGAAGGCUGGCGUCCACCAAGGCCUCCGCUGCACCGUGGGCAGCGCACACACAUGAUCACAUGACUCUGGACAUGGACGCGGUCCUGUCAGACUUUGUUCGGUCCACGGGGGCAGAACCGGGUCUGGCAAGAGACCUGCUGGAAGGUAAAAACUGGGACCUUAGUGCUGCUCUGAAUGAUUAUGAAGAGCUCAGACAGGUCCACACUGCCAACCUGCCGCAGGUCUUCAACGAGGGCCGCUACAACAAACAGCCAGAGGCACGUGACACACCAACCCAUGUCAGCAAGAUCGACAGGUCGUGUGCACAAAAGCAGGAGGACAAUGGACAAGAGAAGCGCUUGUCCCGUGGAAUCUCACACGCCAGCUCCGCCAUUGUCUCCCUUGCGCGGCUACAAGUGGCUAACGAGUGUACCAACGAGCAGUUCCCACUUGAAAUGCCCAUCUACACAUUCCAGCUGCCAGACCUCAGCGUGUACAGUGAAGACUUCAGAAGUUUCAUUGAGAGAGACUUGAUAGAGCAGUCCACCAUGAUGGCUCUGGAGCAAGCCGGUCGUCUGAACUGGUGGUCCACCAUGUGCACCAGCUGCAAGAAGCUGCUUCCUCUGGCCACCACUGGUGAUGGGAACUGCCUCCUCCAUGCUGCUUCUUUAGGGAUGUGGGGCUUCCAUGAUAGAGACCUGAUGCUGAGAAAGUCCCUGUACACCAUGAUGAAGAACGGAGCAGAGAGAGAUGCCCUAAAGAGGAGAUGGAGGUGGCAGCAAACCCAACAGAACAAAGAGUCUGGCCUGGUGUACACUGAGGAGGAGUGGGAGCGGGAGUGGAAUGAGCUGCUCAAGUUGGCCUCCAGUGAGCCUCGCACUCACCUCAGCAAAAACGGCAACACGAGCGGAGGGGUGGAUAACUCGGAAGAUCCGGUCUAUGAGAGCCUGGAGGAGUUCCAUGUGUUUGUGCUGGCCCACGUGCUCCGCAGGCCAAUUGUCGUAGUGGCUGACACGAUGCUCAGAGACUCAGGAGGUGAAGCGUUUGCGCCAAUCCCAUUUGGAGGUCUCUACUUGCCCCUAGAGGUGCCUCCGAGUCGAUGUCACUGCUCCCCACUGGUGUUGGCUUAUGAUCAGGCGCAUUUCUCCGCACUGGUGUCCAUGGAGCAGAGGGACCAGCAGCGAGAACAAGCUGUAAUCCCUCUGACCGACUCAGAGCACAAGUUGCUGGCCAUCCAUUUCGCCGUGGACCCUGGCAGGGACUGGGAGUGGGGCAGAGAUGACAAUGAUAACACCAAGCUAGCCAACCUCAUCUUGUCACUGGAGGCCAAACUGAACCUGUUGCACAACUACAUGAAUGUAACAUGGAUCCGAAUUCCAUCUGAAACAAGGGCUCCCCUGGCUCAGCCUGAGUCACCGACCGCAUCCGCAGGUGAGGACGUGCAGUCCCUGGCUGAGUCCAUAGACUCUGACCGCGAGUCUGUUGGCAGCAACUCCAAUGUCAACACGGGCAAGAUUGGAAAGGACAAAGACAAAGAGAAGCAGCAGCAUCGAAAAGACAAAGACAAGAGCCGGGCCGAUUCUGUAGCCAACAAGCUUGGUAGCUUCAGUAAAACUCUCGGAAUCAAGCUAAAGAAGAACAUGGGGGGCUUGGGUGGCCUGGUGCACGGCAAAAUGAACAAGUCCAACUCCGGCUCAGGUCGAAAUGGGGAGAAUGGAGCAGAAAAGAUGAAAAAGAAAGACUCUAAGAUAACCAAAGGAAAUAAAGAUGAGUCAGGACACUCGGCCAGCUCCACGUCCUCUGAAAAGGCCACGAGCCCCUCCCCUACAGAUAGAGGCAAAGCCUCCAGUUCGUCCCCCACCGACAGAACUGACAGCGCAGGAAAGGGCUCGGGUGACAAGAGCCUCGAAAAUUGGAAAUACAGUACGGACGUUAAGCUCAGCCUCAAUAUCCUCCGGGCCGCCAUGCAGGGCGAGCGCAAGUUCAUCUUUGCGGGUCUACUCCUCACCAGCCACCGACAUCAGUUCCACGAGGAGAUGAUCAGCUACUACCUGAGCAAUGCCCAGGAACGCUUCAGCCAGGAGCAGGAGCAGAAGAGGAAAGAGGCUGAGAAGAAACCCCCGGUCCCCAGUGAGGUGGCUGCCAAGAAACCAGAAAACGAGAGCGUCUUCCAAAGGGAGAGGUCGGACAGCUCGCCCCUGGAGAGCUGCUCUCCCAUUCCGCCCCGCCACACCUACACCCCGCAACCCCCCGCGGCUCUCAAGGUGAAAGGCAGAAACAGCCCCGUCCCCACAGCCCCUCACGUCUCGUUCCCAGUCCCUCCGCUAACGCCACCUGCAGUCGUCCACCACGUGACCCACUUUACCCCUGCGCCUUACUCCUCCCCCAGUUUUGGUGCUAAAAGACUUGGACCUGUUCCCGUGUCCGCCCACUACAGCCAUACCCCUCCCAUCCAGAGGCACAGCGUGAUUCACCUACAAGAUGUCAACAUGCAGUCCUCCGUCUUACCAGACCCCUACAAGCCCUUGGUGGGCAGCCUCAAGACGUGCGCCACCUACCCACAGCAGAACCGCACGCUGUCCUCACAGAGCUACAGCCCCGCUCGCUUGUCGGGUGUGCGCACCGCCAACACCCUGGAAACGCUGGCGUACAACAUGCCCGGGGACCACAAGUCCCACACGUACACCAACGGAUUUAACGCGGGAGACAUUCAAGACUGCCUGGAGUUCGCCGACGAGGACAACUCGUCUCACACCUGGCUCAACCAAGACAAAACCAAAGGGCGGAGCUCUGGAAGCCCUCUGUACUGCUUUCAGCAGCGCCGCUGCAAGAGGGACAACUGCUCCUUCUACGGCAGGCCCGAAACGGACCACUACUGUUCCUACUGCUACAGGGAGGAGCUCAAGCGCAGGGAGAGGGAGAGCAAAGUGCAAAGGCCCGCAUAGCCACCGCCGCCAAGGGAACGAUGCUACCUGCACUUUGCAUCCACAACAACACGAUGGCAAACCUCUUAUUUCGUUAGAUGAAUGCUCUUAUAUUCCCACCCCCUUUCCCUUGUUAGUCAAAAUGAAGGAAGCUUGAAACGGUGAGCAGCUUUGGCCAGAUUAUUUUGUGCUUUUUUUUUUUUUUCUAAUUUAGUCUUUUACUUGUUUUAGAGUAAAAGUCAUACUCCCUCUUUGAAAUGUCACAAAGAGGAAGCUCCUUAUUUUUCAUUGUAGAAAAAAAUACAAUCUCAUGUUGUCGGGAGAAUUUUAGUGAAAACGUUUGGAUGCAAUACCUCUGCUUGGUUGCUUAAAUUCUCUGGAAGAUUUCAAGUUGUUUUGCAAUCAAAUGAACGUGAAGGGGAGAUUGGUAUUAGCCUCGGAAGCAAUAAAUUGGCGAUCUGCUACUCUCUCCCCCAAUUUUGUCUAUGCACCAAUAAUAUAUAGAUACUGUAGGUUAACUGUGUCCUGUAAAUUGUCAACAAUUGUCACGGUGUGCUCCCAGGAGCAAAUUUUAAAUACAGGAAUUCAAACAUGUACGCAAUAUAGCUUAACUCAUUGGCUGCCAUUACCGGUGAUGGACAAACCAGAGUUGCUCUAAAAAUCAACUAAUUUAACUUUGGUAUAUCACCACUUACAUGCCUGAAACUAAGGAAACAGAUCAACAACCUUCCUACUGUUCUAAUGGCUAAUGUUAUUUCAUAAAUUAACUCAUUAAAUUCUAUUGAUUGCAAUAGAUCUCUAAUCCAUUUUGACUGCUGCUAGCCUCUCCCAGUUAAAAUGGAUUGGAUGACUAUCGCCAUCAGUAACAGGUAAGUGUGUCUAUUGCUAACAUAUAAAAGUUGUAAAGACCAUGAUCCAUGACAGACUGUUACUCCCAGUCAAAAUAGAUUGGACAUCCAUUCCCAUUUGAUGUUUAUUGCUGUCCAUGGCAGUAAAUGAGUUAAUGUUGGAUUAGAUUUGAGUCACAAUACGAUAUUCUAAAAGUGGCUUUUUGAAAGGAAUUUCCUGUGCCAAACACCGAACAAUGGAGCGCUUUUCAAAUAUGCAGUGUUCAUGGUGUGUCCAUCAGAGUUGCCUGUCUAAUACUCCUAAUUGGUAAGUGUCUUAGAUGAGAAGAGUCGUGGGUAGUACGAGCAAGAGCCGAUGCGUAUUUGUCAGAAGUGUUUUUUACGUGUCCGCCCCUGUAAGCCCGCCCACCCGUCUGUCUCGCACGCAAUCACGGGUGUGCAGUCAUGCUUUCUAUCACUCCGUGGUGAGCGGUCCAGUGUGACAGUGUGCGUCUUUUGUCCACAUGUAGAGGCCGUUUAAAGAAGCACCUGCUGCUAUAAGAGCACCUCAAGCCUUUUGUGAUCAUCAGUGCUUUAACCAAUCAGUGGGUUCGGGGGAGGAGGGGGGCUGGGGGGACAGCAAAAAGUGCUUCUUGCUCUUUGAACAUGACGACUGUAAAGAAGCCGUGUUUGUGUUGCCGUUUGUUCUGGUGAUGCUGUAUGCCGAUAAUGUACCAUGCUGUCCUUAACAAAGUGUGUCCUGGCCAAGGAUGUCCACUGCGGUUUGCUUCUGUCUCUCCUGUCCACUGCAGUGUCGCUCCUCCUCCUCCUCCUCCUCCUCAUCUUCGUUUCUACGUGACCCCCUUCAUGGACUCCCACCAUGUUAGGACUGUAAGAUAUGAUUUUUGUAUUCCUUUAAGACUUUUACACUACUUUAAAUUAUUGAUUUGCACAUUAGGUACAGAUGUAUAUAUGAACAAAAUAAUAGUUUAUUGUUACAAACAUGUGUCUUGGUCUUUAUUUUCCAAGAGAGAGAAAAUCAUGAGUCUGAAACCAGAUGAUAAUGGCUCGAAUUGAUGGUGUUCCAUUCCAUCUUGAAUGAAUUGUGCAGGGUAUUUAAUUACAUGGAACCUAAUGUCAUGAGAAUUUAGUUGGAAAUGUUAUGAACAGUUAAGUACUAGAUUAGUUUCAACGCAGCUAUUUUCCAGCAAUCACUUCCUGCCAUGUUGAGCCCUGUUUCAUCGUACUCCAAAAUAUGACAUAUUCAAUGAAAAUGUAAUAAUCUCAAAGUCAUACUUGCAAGCCGUCAGUCUAUCCAUUUUCCAUAAACUUAAACUGGGAGGGUUGGCUGUAAAUGAUCAUGUUUCAGUGCCAGUGAUGACAACAGAUCUAUAAUCCUAGUUCAAAAAUGCUUUUUAAAAAUACCAUUGAACUUCAAACUCAUUUUCAAACUCAAUUAUGUUUAGUGUUAGUAUAAGAAGUCUCUUGUCCAUCAGCUAACAUCAGUGUGAAGACAAAGGGCAUACGUUUGCAUUAGGGACUGUGGGGACAUAACACUACCAACUUUUCACGAUGCGCAAAUUGUCCCCACCAACUUUUAAGCAACGUUUUUCACAUUAUACUAGUAUAAUGAGUUCAGUUAUAUAGGUCGUUUGGAUUGUCCUCCCAUAUGUUGUAAGUCUGGAAUUGACCCUACCAUAAUUAAGUGAAUUAUUUUCAUUAUGUUCAAACUUCUAUUAAUAAUAAUAAUAAUAAUCCUCAAACGCAUGUUUGAUUGGCUGAUGACUUGCAUGUAUUU